AUGGGGUGCCUCAGCCAUCGCAAGAAGCAGGCCGUCGAGUUUAAAGACCUGAACUGGGACUUGAUCAAUCUUGCCGACUUCAAGGCCAAAGGCUGCGGCCCCGGCUUCUUCUACAGCUACCUGUGGUUCUCCCUGCUGCUGUCCAUUGCCGUCUAUGCCGUCGAUAGCUUCACCGCCGUCAACCUGCUUGCCUUCAACAAGUGGUCCUCCAAGAUCGAGCCAACCAUCCCCUUCGACGUGUCCAAAUGGAUCUUCUCCGGCUGCAUCAUCGCAUCCUUUGUUAACAUUGCCUUCGAGGGCGUCCGAGCCAUGCGGGUCAUGAAGCGCGGCAACGUGGCCGAGUGCUACAUGGACAGCCUGGCCGCGCGGUGGGAGUCGACGCGGUUCGGGUCUGGCCAGGGCUGGAAAAGGUUUCUCGUCUUUACCGAACUCACCAAGAGUAAGAAGGGCGCCGAGAACGUUGCCUUCUUCACCUACUUUAGCUUUCAAUCCUGGAUUCGCGUCAUUCUCUGCUCGGGUCCCCGCCAGGUCGUCAAUGCCCUCACUCUCAGGUCUGUCUACGAAGCCAAGCUCAACCCCACCGCCGACAGUGUCGGGGGCUCCAUUGUUGGCUUCUUCGACAAGAUCAAAGCUCUCGCGACAGAGGACUACCAGCAAGCAGUCAUCCUGUCGGGCAUGUGCUUCACCCUUGUCGUCUGGAUCUUUUCGGCAUUGUUCCUGCUCAUCGCAGUCCUCUUCUACGUCUUCUUCCUCUUCCACUGGCUCCCGCGCGCCGACGGCGGUCUCACCGGAUACUGCGUGCGUAAGGUCAACAAGCGACUCACCAAGAUUGUCACGACAAAGGUCAACAAGGCUCUCGCCAAGGGUCAGGCAAAGAGAGAAAAGGCCGACAAGUUUGGGGAGAUGCCGUUUGAACGGUCUGCCGCUCUCCCGACCAUCCCCUAUCUUGGCAUGGGGAGUAAGGAGGACGGCCUUCCGGAGAUGCCAGAGCUGUCGCGGAUCGGGAGCAACAGCACCCUCCCCCUGUAUUCCUCACGCCCGGGCACGCCCAGCAGCUUCGAGCUCGGCGCCCUCCGUCAGCAGCGACCGCUCCAUUCCCGGUCCGGCACAUCGGGCUCGGGCUCGGGCUCCAUCUUUUCUGCGAAAGCACCCCUCAUCGGGGCUGCCGCUCACAUGGGUUACAAUGCCCCCUCGGACGCGAACGGCUACCCCAAGACCGACUUCGCCGCCUUUCCCCCUCAACGACCCGACACCUCAAACUCCCAGCUCAGAAGGUCGCUCUAG